AUGGAUGUUGGGAAGAUCUCAGAAUACCUUCUGGAAGCGGUUACAUGCGCUUUAUGUCUGAAUGUGUUCAGUGAGCCGGUGACUCUAAGCUGUAGCCAUAACUUCUGCAGCGCUUGCAUCCAAAAGAGCUGGGCAGGUGCUCAGAGCAAUGUUCGUUGUCCUCAGUGCCAGCAGAGUUUUGCUAGCGUGGCCUUGAGGCCAAAUGGGCAACUGGAAAGCGUCUCGUGGCUUAUCAAGCAGCUGCAGGAAAAAGGCGUCCUGAAGAAAAGGCUUUGUGAGGCUCACCAGCAGCCUGUGAAACUUUUCUGCCAGGAUGACCAAGUUCUCCUCUGCUUCGAGUGUGAGAAGUCCCAGGCUCACGUGGGCCACGUGUUUGCUUCUAUGGAAGAGGCAGCCCAUAACUUCAAGCGUGAAAUCAAUGUGCUUUUGGAACUUCUGAAGCUUCGGGAGGGACACGUCCGAGCCAGCUUUUCAGAUGUGCUAACAGAAAGACAAAACCUGGAGAAAAUUAUGGAACAUGGCAGUCAGAGGUUUGUCUCAGAAUACAAGGAGCUGUACGAGACAGUGCAGAAAGUGCAGACGGAGCAGCUGACCCUGGCCCGGUCAAUCAGCGAAGACAUCGAGCAAGAGCUGUCUGAGCUGGUCAGGAAGUACAACGAAGUGAGGGCAUUAAAGAGGGAGCUGGCCAAAAAGAAUGAAGAAGAACCUGCUUAUGAAUUCCUACAGGAUAUCAAAGCGGUCAUGGCCAGGUACCGAGAAGUAAUGACUCAGCCUCCAGAAGGAAACUUUCCUGCCUUCAAAGAGAAAAUAUGGGAUCUCUCUCUCAGAAACCUUUUUAUAUGUAAUACACUGAAGAGGUGCAAAGGAGCUAUGCCAGUGGAGUCGGAUGUGCAAAGAGCCAGCGUGAGCCUGGAUCCUGUGACGGCCUAUCCCCGCCUGCUGCUCUCUGCCUCCAGAAAGAUCGUGACCCACGACUCCACCUUCAACAGCCUGGUCAGCAGCCCCCGGGCCUUCGACAUGAUGCCCUGCAUCCUGGCGGAGGAGGGCUUCACUUCGGGGCGGCACUGCUGGCAGGUGGAGGUGACCUCGGGGGGCCACGGCUGGGCCGUGGGGGUGAUGAAGGAGUCUGUGGAGAGGAAGGGGCCGCUCGCGAUUUCUGUGCAGGAAGGCAUCUGGGCUCUGGUGCCUGAACUCCUGCCGCCUGCCUACCGCAAAGCGGGCACCAGCCGCUUCCGCCUCUACCUGGAUUACGAGGGCGGCACCAUCUGCUUCUUUGAGGUGGAUUCACGGGAGCUCGUGGCGCUCCGGUCCUACGCCGUCUUCCUUGGCGAGCGGGUCUUCCCUUUCUUCAUGCUGGGGGAGCCCAACACCCAGAUGCGGGUGGUGCCCUGA